UCAUGAAAGAAUAAGUAGAUAUGGUAAACCCCUGUACUCAAAAACCCUCUUUUCAUUGAAGCACUCUGCAAAUUCCAAACCAACAAGAAUGGUUCUCUUCCAAUGCCAUGCCCCUCACCACAGCAUGGCCAUUCUCUCACCCUUCAAUUCCAAACCCCUUUGUGCUUCUCUACCAAACCCUUCUUUCACAGCUCACCACCACCCUUAUCCUCUCACCACAACCACUCACCUAAACAACAAUAAGCCUCUUUCACUCUCCACAGUACCCAGAAAGUUGCUCUGCAAGCCACCCCAAGGAAAAUAUAUCAGGGAUGACUAUCUUGUGAAAAAAUUGUCAGCUGAGGAAAUCCAGGAGCUGGUGAAGGGAGAAAGAAAAGUUCCUCUUAUUAUAGAUUUCUAUGCAACUUGGUGUGGACCUUGCAUCUUAAUGGCUCAAGAACUUGAAAUGCUUGCAGUUGAGUACGAAAACAAGGCAGUCUUUGUUAAGGUUGAUACUGAUGACGAGUAUGAAUUUUCACGCGACAUGCAGGUACGUGGGUUGCCAACUGUGUUCUUUAUCAGUCCUGAUCCAAACAAAGAUGCUAUACGAACUGAGGGACUUAUACCAAUACAGAUGAUGAGGGACAUCAUUGACAAGGAUAUGUGAAACAGGAAAGAGUUAUGGUCAGCUGACACAGUUUCUGUUCCUGGAUCCUGCAAUAUGCUGUCUGGUGCAAUGGCAUCAUAUCUUGGACAGAAUUGAAGUGCUAACCGAUUCAUAUGAUUUUGGCUCUUGAAGGGUUAUGAAAUUGCAUGAUAUUUAUGUGUAAGCUUUGACCACGACAAUGCUCUGUAGUGUGCCACAUGUGAUGUCAAAUGGAAGGACAUUGCAUCA